UUAUUCAUUAAGAACGGACGGAUUAUCAACGAUGACCACUCCUUCUACGCCGAUGUGUACGUGGAAGAUGGACUUAUAAAACAAAUUGGAGAGAAUCUGAUUGUCCCCAGAGGCCCAAAAACCAUCGAGGCAAGCGGCUUUAUGAUUCUCCCAGGCGGCAUCGACAGCAACACUUGUCUGCAGAAAUCCGUUCAGGGCUUAGCAGUGGCUGACGACUUUUAUCAAGGCACGAAGGCUGCAUUGGCUGGGGGCACCACCACCGUCAUUGACCACGUCCUUCCGGAGCCUGGCUCCUGUUUACUAACGGCGUUUGGAAAGUGGAAAGAGGCAGCGGAGAGCAAAUCCUGUUGUGAUUAUUCUCUGCACGUGGACAUCACCGACUGGUAUGAUGGGAUCCAGGAAGAUCUUGAAAAUCUGGUGCACAACAAAGGUAUCAAUUCUUUCCAAGUCUACAUGGGCUACAAAGAUCUCUACCAAAUGACCGAUUCCCAACUCUAUGAAGCAUUUACAUUUCUGAAAAGUCUCGGAGCGGUUAUCAUGGUGCACGCAGAAAACGGGGAUUUGAUAGCUCAGGAGCAAAAGCGGGUGCUGGAGAUGGGAAUCACAGGGCCAGAAGGACAUGCUCUGAGCCGUCCUGAGGAGCUGGAAGCCGAAGCCAUAUUCCGGGCUAUCACUAUAGCUACUCGGAUCAACUGUCCGGUCUAUAUCACUAAAGUGAUGAGUAAGAGUGCCGCUGAUGUCAUCUCGCUGGCUAGGAAGAAAGGUGCUCUGGUAUUGGGGGAACCAAUCACGGCCAGUCUGGGGACCGAUGGGACCCAUUAUUGGAACAAGAAUUGGGCUAAGGCUGCUGCAUUUGUGACCUCGCCACCUCUGAGUCUGGACCCUACCACCCCUGACCAUUUGACCUCACUUUUAGCCUGUGGGGACCUGCAAGUGACCGGCAGCAGCCACUGUACUUACAGCACAGCACAAAAGGCUGUUGGCAAGGAAAACUUCACCCUCAUCCCAGAAGGGGUUAAUGGAAUAGAAGAAAGGAUGACGGUGGUCUGGAAUAAAUGUGUGUCUACAGGUAAAAUGGAUGAGAACCAGUUCGUUGCCAUUACUAGCACCAACGCUGCCAAAAUCUUCAAUCUGUACCCGCGGAAGGGCAGGAUUCAGGCGGGUUCUGAUGCUGAUCUUGUUAUUUGGGAUCCCGACAAGGAGAAGACAAUCACAGCAAAAAGUCAUAAAUCGGCUGUUGAAUAUAACAUUUUUGAAGGGAUGGAGUGCCGUGGGGCUCCACACAUAGUUAUUAGCCGAGGGAAGAUUGUGUUCGAGGAUGGAAACCUGUCCGCGAGAAAAGGAACGGGCUCUUUCCUCCCACGAAACUCCUUUCCCGAGUAUCUUUAUCAACGGAUCAAAACUAGGAAUAAGGUAUCAGAAUUACAGGGUGUUUCUCGAGGGAUGUACGACGGGCCAGUCUAUGAAGUUGCAGCAACUCCCGCAAAAUACGCCACCCCAGCCCCCUCAACGAAAACGUCGCCUGCCAAAAACCAGCCUCCACCAAUCAGAAACCUCCAUCAGUCUAAUUUCAGUUUAUCAGGGGCUCAAGUAGAUGACCACAACCCUCGCCGGACUGGACACCGUAUUGUGGCACCACCAGGAGGCCGCUCCAACAUCACUAGCCUCGGUUGA